UCUCUCGUGAAGUUAUGGUCUGACUCAAGUCUAGCAUCAACAUAACGAAUUUCUGCUGCUCGGCAUAUCGACACGUUCAACGUCAAAAAUAGAAAAAGACUUCUAAUUUAGUGGAUCGUACUCCAAAUGUGUUCAUUUCCCCUUUGGAACGUUAAUAAAUGGAUAAAUGGAAUAACUGAAAUGAAAGCCUCUAUUAUUUUAUUAUAUCAGUCUUCGUACGUAGCAAUAAUUUAAAGAUCUUGCUCGGCUGCGACUUCUGUCGUGAAACUAAAGACAUUGUCGCCUUAGGUUCCGGCGGAGAAUCUCUUCGUGUGCCGCUGGAAGCAGCAAGUAUAGGCAGAGGUCUCAAAAUGAUGGGUGUGUCGCUCUAUAGACUAUCAUCGUUUGUCUUACAGGGAAAGUCUUCAUUUAUGUUACAUCCUCCCUUCUUCAAAUAUACUAGAUGUUUCUCUUUGUAUUCUGCACGUUUUUCUUCGAUUUGUUUGCCUUCCCAAACACAUGGAAAAUGCCGAGAAGUUGAGAGGAGUGCACAGUCACAGAUAAGGUGCAGGGUCAUUCCCAAGACCACGAUGAACCAAAGUAAAUUUUUAGCUGUUGAGCCAACGUCACUUCUGAACAAGCUUGUGUGCUAUUAUUCAAAGAAGUCAAAAUCAAAACAGAAACUUAUGAAAGGUGAUAGCACAGAUGAUGAAAGUGAUCUGGACGAAGAAAAUGGCUACAAAUCUGAUUCUGAAGAUGAAGACGAGAUUGAAGAUGGUAGUAAGAAAGAUUGGAAAGAUCUAAAAAUGAAUGUACCAUCUCGGAGGAUAGAUGCUGUGUUGAGUGCUGGGCUUGGAGUAUCCAGGAAGAAAAUUGAAGAAGCCUUCCUGAAUGCAAAACUCCGGCACAAUGGCAAGAAGGUGAUGAAAAAGAGUCGACAGGUACAAGAAGGAGAUGUGUUGGAUGUUGUGAAGGAAGACCGCAUCACCAACAAGGAAGGAAACCAAGUGACACUCGUCAUGAGGGUGGAGAUGAAGAAAAUCAAGGAGGAAAAAACGUCAACGGACAAGACGCCUGUCAAGCUACGGAGAUGGAAACAUCUAGAACUCCCAAGGGAGAAGUAAUGUACCAGUAUUCCUUAUUCAAGUAAUAAGUUAAAAAUAUGUCAAAAUCACUGCUUAUGGAGAAUUCAUGCAUCCUUUUAUUUUUCGAGUUAUAGCCUGAAGAGCCCAACGUUUUGCUAUCUGAUCAAGAUUGCAGAAUAUGAUACAUUUUGUUUUUAUUUCAGAAAGUAGUCUGUCAUCUUUGUACUGUUUUUGAUAUAUUCUCAGCAAAUUAGUGACAAAAUUUCAUGCACUGAUACAUGUAUGAUUAGCCAGAUAAGUGUAAGAGGUUAUCAUUAUUUACAUAUCUCUCUUGCCUCACUUAUCAGGAAUGAAUUAGGUUGAGGGAAAGAAGAUUUUUUAAUUUUUUUUCAAAUUCAUUUCAUGCAGGAAAGUACAUUAUGAAUUGAAAUAAUGAAUGAUUUUUUUUCAUUAAUUAUAAGUAGUGAGGUUAGGUAGUAGUAAUAUAAGUUUUUUUUUUCGGGGGGGGGAGUUCACCCCUAUGUACUCUGAAUGCGCUUUAUUUGAGUUAAGUUUUUGAAGUUGAUUAAAUUGAACGAGAUAUCUCUCCAUAAAAGCAUUUUUAAUUUAUUUUUCUCUUGUACAAGUCAUGUAAACGGUCAACAAAACCUACAUUGUAGAUCAUUGUGUUUUUCAGUGUCAUCCAAGCAUACAUUUUCAGAUUAUGGUAGGAUUCCUGAAAAAAAACACUG